AUGGGCCAUGGGUCGGCUACAGCCCUGGACCGCACGAUCGGAGAGAUAGCGAGAUCCAUGGAAGAAACCUUUGCCGGAGACAACUGGGUCAUGGUUGUCACCAGCGACAGCGGAGGCGCUGCUUCACGAAGGAACUCCGGCGGCAGCAACUGGCCGCUGCGGGGCAACCAAGGUGAAGUUUGGGAGGGCGGCAUGAGGACUCAGGCACUGGUCACAGGCAACCAGCCGGAGCUGAUCAAAGCUGUCACGAAGGGCCGUAUGUACAGCAAUGGCUUCAUGCACCUGGUGGACUGGCAUGCGACGAUCUUGCAGCUGGCUCACACAAGCCCGGCAAGUCGCGCGCCCCCGAAUGACUUGGACGGCGAGAGCCUGUGGAAUUCUUUGAUGCAAGACGCCCCAUCUCCGCGCUCGGAGUUCAUCUCCAACGUCUCUGGCCGAGGCGCUGCCAUACGCUUUGGCGACUACAAGCUGGUCCUUGCACCCUCAGGAGGGCGAAACCCCUUCACUGGUGAAGUCCAGGGCCUGAGAUGGCCAGUGAGGAGCAUCGACAAUGUGGAGUACUUGGCAACUUAUGACGGACAAGCUGCUGGACCUGGCUGGGUGCUGCCCAAGCGCUGGAAGCUCUUCAACAUCAGGACAGACCCCACAGAGGAGGAAGAUCUGGCGGGGCUCUUCAAGGAAGAGGUGGCGAAACUGUCCGCUCGCUAUGAGGCAGCUCUUCAGGGCCGGAAGAGCUUUGGCAGCUCCAUGCUUCGAUGUCCGGACGGCUGCGAUGCGGUCCUUGCAAAGGCUGCCGAAGUCAUGAGGAAACACUCGGAUAACAUCGCCCUGAAUAAGUGUCCUCUGCAGGAAGCUGCAUAUCCUUUCUGGGAGGAGGCUGUGAACAGAGCCGCCAAGCCCUUCAGCCCUAGGUACGAGUAG